AAGCAGUAUACAAUACAGAAAAGCCUGCCUUGAUCUUAGUCAGGUUAAACAUCAAAUAUUAAUUCAUGUGAGCAGUAAAGCAUGAUUUCUUUCAGUGAUGUGAUUUCUAAUUUUUAACGUGUCUUUUUCAUUUCCCUUGAUAACGUUUCCAAAACCAGAAAUAAGCCUGCCAAUUUAAAGAUUGAUUAUAUGUUCAAUAUAUUCACUCAGAUACAGUGAGUAAUCACUUAGAAAUAUUUAAACAAGCAUUUCAUUCAACCCAAAUGAGGUUUUCCAUAUGAUCCUUCAUCACAAGUAGUAGAAUGGUCAAAAGGUGUAUAUGAAAAUAUUAGUUGAAACUAUCAUACUGAUGUAAGUGAUGUACUGUAUGUGUGUAGGUGUAGAUGUAGGGUUUUGCUGCUAUUUGUUUUAAUCUUUGCGUAUUUCUUCCACUCUUUGAAAUCUGUAAAACUUUUGCACGCAAUUAUAUAUGCAAGCCUUUGAAAGUAAGAAAAUAAAUAAACAAAUCUCAGCGCGAUGCUUUUGCACACUUCCCCAAUUAGGGCACGGAUCGACGUCAAUUUGCUAUAAUAAGUCGAGCUGUGCGCGGUACAGCCGGCUCAGUGCAAGGCGCGCGCACUGCCGCUUCAUUAACGUGCGCGCUAUAAUCACGAGGAAAAAAAACAACAAGCAAGAACUUUGGCUCGCUUUGAAGUAGCCGAGUGAUCAGUAUCAGCGUGAUGCACCUGCAACACUGCACUUCGCCAUCGGCCAGAAAUGCGGCCAGCGACUUUCCAGACGAGUUGCUCGCCGAGCACCACCCCGCGACGUCCUCCGGCGCCGCCCCAGGGAACCACCCGGCUCUAACAAAACUCCCCACCGAGCUGACCAGCGACGAAGACAAGAGGAGCGAGCUCGCGCCCGCGCGCGACACCGCCACUGGGUCCGACGCGCAGCGCACUUUGGAUGGGAGCCACGCGGAGAAACGACACGCGCCUGAGACGAGCCGAGCGCGCACGACCACCGACGCCAUCUCCUCCUCGUCCUCCGCGACCAUGUUCUCAUACGCGGCGCAACACGGACACGCGCUGCCACCUUUCUCCAUAACCAAUCCGGGUCACUUCGUGGCGCAUCACACCGUCAUUCCAAACGGGCCGUACGACGGAGUUCUGUCCGGUGCGCCUCGACAGAACUACACGAGCGCCGGUUAUCCUUACGCGCAGGCUUACAGUCAGGCGUACCAGAGCGGCGCGUUGUACCCGCUCUCCCCGGCGCACGCGGGACUCAUGGCCGCCAAAGCGCAAGUUUAUCUCUGCAACCGCGCGCUCUGGCUCAAAUUUCACCGGCACCAGACCGAGAUGAUCAUCACCAAACAAGGGAGACGCAUGUUUCCGUUCCUAAGCUUCAACAUUUCUGGACUUGACCCGACGGCUCAUUAUAAUAUUUUUGUGGACAUUAUUUUGGCGGAUCCGAACCACUGGCGUUUUCAGGGAGGAAAGUGGGUUCCGUGUGGAAAAGCGGACACGAAUGUAACAGGAAAUAGAGUGUACAUGCACCCGGACUCUCCAAACACAGGAGCGCACUGGAUGCGUCAAGAGAUUUCGUUCGGUAAACUGAAGUUAACAAACAACAAAGGAGCUUCCAACAACAGUGGACAGAUGGUCGUCCUCCAGUCGCUUCAUAAGUACCAGCCCCGAGUGCACUUGGUCGAAGUGAAUGAAGACGGGACAGAAGACUCGAGCCGGCCAGACCGCGUUCACACGUUCACCUUCCCGGAAACGCAGUUCAUAGCGGUCACUGCAUACCAGAACACGGAUAUCACUCAGCUGAAAAUCGAUCAUAAUCCUUUCGCUAAAGGAUUUCGGGAUAAUUAUGACACGAUUUAUACGGCCUGUGACACUGAGCGCCUGAGCCCGUCUUCUGCUGACUCCCAGCGCGCGCAGUUGAUGCCGGCCAGGUACGCAGCUACGAGCUCCCUUCUCCACGACCAGUUCGUCGGCCAUUAUUCGGGUCCGGGUGGGAGCGUGGAGCGCGCGCUCCCUUUCACUAACAGCCUGGGGGGCUCGGAGCAAGCCGAGGACAGAUGGUUUAAUAACAGAUUAGAUUUUCCCGCUUCGACUUACGACGCAGCUGAUCUGACUGGCAGCCUGCCCUCUUUGCUGCCCUAUCCUGCCGCCGCAGGGGUCAAAGGUCAGGCGCUUUCCGCUACCCCAACCUCUGGUCGCGCGCUUCCUGCCUACUGCGCCACGCCGGCCGCCUGGGAGUCGCGCGCUACGGGUCUGCCCAGCUGGAUCACGGAGACCAGUUUUGAGCGAUCGUACCUGUCCGAAGACGGAAACGUGGAGAAGGACGGCACAGCACCAGAAGUUUCCGAAGUGAGCAAAGACAAGGACGCAGCGGAUUCGGGAUGGACAGAAACUCCGUCUUCGGUGAAAUCGGUCGAUUCAGGCGACUCGGGGAUUUUUGAGCAGGCCAAAAGGAAGAGGAUGUCGCCGCCGGUUUCGGAGGAGCACUCACCGCUCAAAACGGACCUCCUUAACGCACACGACGGAGCCCGGAAUAUGAACUACUUCACUUUUUAUUCUCCGAGUUAAACCAGAGACCAUGUGGGAUGGAUCAUAUUUACUUUCUAUUUUUCUUUAGGCCUAUUUAUUUAUUUAUUUAUUUAUUUAUUGGAGGUCGGUGUCAGAGAAAAUGAUCCUGAUCACGCACAUUAAGCCAUUUGAUUUCAGAAACGCUUAUGUACCCUUAAGCCAUAUAAUCAAAUCAUUAACAAACACACUGAUGAACUGUUUAUAUACAUUUAAUAAGGCUUAAUUAAUUAAUUAAUUAAUUUUGGUGGUGUGGCUGGAGGAUGUCAGAGAGAAUGAUCUUGAUCUUAAAAGUACAAAAACAUGACACCAUUUGAUUUGCGUUUGUAGCCAUAGUUUGUAGAGAGCUAAUGUCAAAUAAUAAUAAUAAUAAUAAUAAUAAUAAUUAAAAAAAAGAAAAUGCCGAUGAAAUGAAAUCAGUGUUAAUUAAUUGAAUGUAAUCAGUGUCUAUAGUGUAGACAGAGUAGUUUCAUGGUAAUUAAACUCAACUUCCCUUGCAAAAAAUAUAUAUUGAUAUACAUAUAUACAUAUAUAUAUAUAUACACACACACACAUAGCCUACUUUAUCCUACUAAAUGGGCUAUUUAGUCAUAUUAAUUGUACUUAAUGGACGUAAUUAAAUUCAACAUAUCCAGUCAAGAUAUUCAGUCAGUUGUGGAUGCCAAGUAUUGUAAUUGUCUAUUUUUUUCCACCACAAAUUGUGCAGGAUACAAUUUCCCUCUCUUCCAUCAGACUAAGUAGCCUAUAAUGUGUAGUAGGUUAUAGCAGUCC